GACCAUGGAGGCCCUAUUCUUCAAUGUAGACGCCGGAUUCAUUGAGGGUAUCGUCCGGGGCUACAAAGCCGGUCUGCUCACCCAGACGCAGUACAACAAUCUGACGCAGUGCGAGACGAUUGAAGACUUCCGGACCCAGUUGUCUGCGACGGACUAUGGCAACUUCCUCGCGAAUGAGACACUGCCCAUCUCCACCUCCACGAUCGCGGACAAGGCGACGCAGAUCCUCGUUGACCAGUUCAAUUACCUCCGCAGCAACGCUGUCGCACCACUUAACAAGUUCUUCGACUACAUGACUUAUGCGUACAUGAUCGACAAUGUUAUUCUGCUCAUAACCGGCACGCUGCAUGAGCGGAAUACCUCGGAACUUCUGGAGCGCUGCCAUCCACUCGGCGUGUUUGAGACGCUUCCCGCACUGUGUGUCGCAACCAACGUCGAGGAGCUGUACCGCACCGCACUGGUCGAAACACCGCUCGCCCCAUACUUCCGCGACUGCAUCAACGCCGCCGACCUCGAUGACCUCAACAUCGAGAUCAUCCGUAACACGCUCUACAAGGCUUACCUCGAGGACUUCUACGCCUUUUGCUCAUCAAUUGGCGGACCCACCGCCGAGGUUAUGCAGCGCAUCCUCGCCUUCGAGGCCGACCGCCGCUCCAUCAACAUCACCAUCAACUCCUUCGGCACCGAGCUUUCUAAGGAGCGUCGUGCAAAGCUCUUCCCUGCUAUCGGCCAACUCUUCCCCGCAGGCAAUAAUGCGCUCGCUCGUGCGGACGACGUCGAUCAAGUCCGCCAGGCGUGCGAUGGUGUUGCCGAAUACCGUGCGUUCUUUGACACAGCACAUCUGUUGGGUGAUGAUGGUCUCGGGGACACGGGUGCUGCGGCCGAGUUGGAAGACCGUUUCUUCGCGUACGAAGUGCACUUGAACAAACAGGCGUUCUUGCAACAGUUUCAGUACGGUGUGUUCUACGCCUAUUUGAAGCUAAAGGAGCAGGAGAUCCGGAGCUUGACGUGGAUUGCGGAGUGCAUUGCGCAGAACGCAAGGAACAGGAUACAGGACUAUAUCCCUACGUUCUGA